AGGUUCAUCACUAAUCAUCAAGAGUAUUGAUUGUAUAUGAUAAAUAAAAAAAAAUGAAGAAAACACACACCAGUGUGAAAACCAUGAAUGUUUGUCUCUCCUCCAUUGGCCCCACCCAUCUAAUCUCCUAAUUCUGUCCUUUCUUUUCUCCAUUCUCUUUCUCUCUCCUCCCAAAACAAAAGCCCCACCUCUCUCUUCGUUCCAUUGCAAAUUCCCUUUGAUAACAGUUAACCAGUGUGUGUUGCUGGUCUUUAUUUCGCUCUUAUAAGAAACCCCCUUUUGAGUUUUGCCAAUCCCAAACCCAAAUAGAUAUAUACCCUUCUUUUCAAACUCAGUUUUUGUUCUAGAAUCCGAAAAAGGGUCCGAAUAAAAUGACCCAAUUGGAAUUGUUGAAGAAAUUCAAGAAAUUGAAGCCUUCUGAACUUGGCUGUUUCUGCAUCAGUCUUUGCUUCAUCGUGUGCCUCUUUUUCUUGGAUUAUCGGUCCUUGAGCAAAGUGUUCAGGGUUCGUGGGCACCAUGGGUUGGGUCUGUGGUCUGGGUUAAGUGCGUCUAGUUCUUCGAGACGAGAUCUUUCUGGGUUUCUUGAAAUGGGUCAUGGUGAAAACUGUAACAUAUUUGAUGGUAAUUGGGUGUGGGACGAGAGUUAUCCACUUUAUGAUUCUAAAGAUUGUCUGUUAUUAGAUGAUGGUUUUAGGUGUUCUGAAAAUGGAAGAGUUGAUAGUUUCUACACCAAGUGGCGAUGGCAACCCAAAGAUUGUAACUUACCCAGAUUCGAUGCAAAAACUAUGUUGGAAAGGCUAAGAAACCGUAGGCUAGCAUUCGUUGGUGAUUCGAUUGGGAGAAAUCAAUGGGAAUCCCUUCUGUGUUUGUUAUCUUCUGCUGUUACAAACGCAUCUUCAAUAUAUGAAGUCAACGGGAGACCAAUCACGAAACACAUGGGGUUUUUGGUGUUCAGAUUUUUGGAUUUUAAUUGCACAAUCGAGUAUUACAGAGCUCCAUAUCUGGUGUUACAGAGCAGACCACCUCCUGGAUCACCAAAACAGGUGAGAACCACUUUGAAGCUUGAUAAAAUGGAUUGGAGUGCUGCAAAAUGGAAAAACGCGGAUGUGAUUGUAUUCAACAGUGGCCAUUGGUGGAAUAUUGAGAAAACUACACGCGAGGGGUGCUACUAUCAAGAAUCCGGAGAUGUGAAAAUGAAUAUGACCAUAGAAACCGCAUACAAAAAAUCGAUUGAAACGGUUUUGAACUUUAUAAGUAAAGAAGUAGACACGAACAAGACACAAGUCAUCUUCCGGGGGUUUUCUCCGGUGCAUUUCAGGGGCGGUGAUUGGAAAUCCGGUGGUAGCUGCCACCUCGAGACACUGCCGGACUUGAGUUCAUCCCCGGCUUCAUCGGGCACCAUGUUUUUCACAAAUAUUUUCGGUUCGGUGUUAUCGGAACAUGAACACGGGAAUGAGACAUUAGAGUUAUUGAAUGUGACAUACAUGUCAUCAAAGCGAAAAGAUGGUCAUGCAUCUCUAUAUUAUUUGGGCCCACAAUACGGUGGACCCGCACCUUUACGUAAGCAAGACUGCAGCCAUUGGUGCUUACCUGGUGUCCCGGAUUCUUGGAACGAGCUUCUCUAUGCAGUCUUUCUCAAACGAGAAUACUCCCUUGCUGGGAAUUUCACUGCCGCCACCACCCCGUCUUUGAUAUGAUCAAUGGUGGGGAAACCAAUGUUGCCUCUUAUGAAUUUAAAAAUGGAAGCUUUGAGGUGAUAGUGAAAUGGGCUUGCGGAGGCAGUGGACAUGGCGGUUUCUGAUUGCCGGUGGCGGCAGGAUUCUAUGAUGAAGAUUGUGGUGGUGGUUGAAUGGGCUGAGACGGGCGGUUGAAGGGGGAAUUGUUUUUGGGAUUCAGUGCAAAUUGCAUUGAUGAGAAGAUUGAUGUGUAAAGAACUAAAGAUUGAGGGGGAGAUUUUUGAAUAUACAUAGUGGGGGGGCGGGUAAAUACCGAAAUUGAAUUGAAUAACAAAAUAUAUAAUAUACAUAGUUGGGGGCAAUAUUUGGGUGUUUUGUAAAUGUGGGCGACUCGUUUGCAAUUUAAUGUUUUUUUUUUUACUGUAAAGGACUAAAGGUACAACUUAUAUUUGCAUGCAGUACGAGCCGAAAGUUAUAAAAUUAAGUUCACGUGACAUGUAACCUUUUUUGGAGGAUGGUUAGGCCGUUUCGAUUGGGCCAAAACAUGUUUUAACUUUUUAGGGAAAUUUUUUGGGAAAAAAAAAACAAGAAGUUCGAUAGUCGAUAAUGACUAGUGAGGUGCUAGAACAUUUUGUCCUUUUCUGUAAACGG